UAGUGUGAAGUCGGCCCUUCCUUUCUAUCCUUACUAGGGUUGUUCUAACCUUUUCGAAGGAGAAGAAGCAAAAAAACCAAAACCCUAAACCCCGUUUCUUUUUCCUCCAAACAAAAACAUAAGCGAUGGUUACAUUAGCAGCUAGGAAGCGGGGUAUUACCCAGCAAAAAUCCAAUGCAAAGAUGAAGCAAAAUAAAGUUUCAAACCCAGAAAAACAACAAGUAGCAGCUUUAAUGGGGAAGAAUAAAAAAAAGGGUGGUGCCAAAAUUUUAGAAAAACCCAAUUUAAAUAAGAAGAAAUUAGAUCAUAAGAAACAGUUGGAAUCUGAAGAAGAUGAUUCCAGUGAAGUUAAAUCUGAUGAAGAAAAAAGUAGCAGCGAAGAGGAAGAAGAUGAUGAAUUGGAAGCGGAAUCUCUUUCUUUAGGUUCGUCUGAUGAUGAUAAUGAUGACCCACUUCAAGAUGAUUUCCUUGGAGGAAAUGAUGAUGAACAAGGAAAUGAAAUGCCCGGUUCUGGUUCUGAGUCAGGUUCUGGUUCAGAAAUGGAUUCGGAUUCAGAUGAGUCUGAUGUGGAUAUUGAGAAAAAAUCAAAAGCCAUUGAUGCAGAACAAGCUAGGCAAGAAAAGGAAGCAAAGGAGGAGUUGCAGCUUAAUAUACUGGAAGAAUCAGAUGAGUUUAGGCUGCCAACCAAGGAGGAACUUGAACAAGAGGCUCUUGGACCUCCUGAUCUUCCUAAACUCAAGAGGAGAAUAAAAGAAAUUGCACGAGUCCUUUCGAACUUUAGAUCUUUGAGACAAGAAGGGACGGCGCGGAAAGAUUACGUUGAUCAGCUUAAGAUGGACUUGUGCUCAUACUAUGGUUACAACGAGUUCAUGAUUGAGACGUUUAUGGAGAUAUUUCCAGUUAUUGAGUUGUUGAAUCUUGUUGAAGCUUUUGAAACGCCCCGUCCAAUCUGUAUACGAGCAAAUACCUUGAAGACACGUAGACGGGACCUUGCUGAUGUUCUCUUAAACAGAGGAGUCAACUUAGAUCCUUUGGGCAACUGGACAAAGGUUGGGUUAAAGGUAUAUGACUCGCAAGUUCCAAUUGGUGCCACUCCUGAAUAUAUGGCUGGUCACUACAUGUUGCAAGGUGCAAGUUCUUUUUUGCCAGUGAUGGCUUUGGCUCCUCAUGAAAGAGAAAGGAUUGUUGAUAUGGCGGCUGCUCCUGGUGGAAAAACCACUUACAUAUCUGCUCUUAUGAAGAACACUGGAUUAGUGUUUGCAAAUGAAAUGAAAAAGCAAAGGCUCCAUUCACUGUCGGCAAAUAUUAGCCGCAUGGGGGUGACAAAUGCGAUUGUUAUCAAUUAUGAUGGAAGAGAGCUUCUGAAAGUUUUGGGACGCAACUCAUGUGAUCGAGUGUUACUCGAUGCUCCUUGCAGUGGAACAGGGGUUAUCUCCAAAGAUGAAUCUGUAAAAUCCUCCAAAAGCUUUGAAGAGAUACAGAAGUGUGCACACUUGCAGCAGCAACUUCUUCUGGCUGCAAUCGAUUUGGUGGAUGCAAAAUCAAAAACUGGAGGAUAUGUUGUGUAUUCAACAUGCUCAAUCAUGGUUAUGGAGAAUGAAGCAGUUAUUGACUAUGCCUUGAAGAAGCGGAAUGUAAAACUAGUCCCGUGUGGUCUAGACUUCGGAGACAAGUUUGGAACAACCGGAUUGUUCAAGUAUAGGCAACAUCGGUUUGAUCUAUCAUUAAAACUGGCGAAGCGGUUCUAUCCCCAUGAACUCAAUAUGGAUGGUUUUUUUGUGGCUAAGUUGAAAAAGUUAAGCAACACAAUUCCCGGACCACGCUCUGAUUUGCCAUCUGAAACAGUAAAGCAUGAUGUGGAUCUUGAUGAGAAUGUUGUAGAGAAAACUAAGAAACGUCUGAGAAAGGAUGUUGAGCCACAAGAGAAUGGGACCGAGAAUGUUAUUUCCUUAGAUAAUGGUGAGAAAAAGUCCUCAUCUGUUUCCACAAAGAAGAAGAAAAAGACCGCAAAGACAACUUUAAAGGAGGAGGACGUCAAAGACGAGCCACCUCCAAAGAAGAAGAAGAAGAAGGUCUUUCCUACCCGCGAAGAAGUUUCAAGAGCAAGGGAAGAAAAGAGAGAACUGUUGAGGAAAAAGAAGGCAUCGGGUAACGAGAAAUGUGAUAAAUGACCAAAUGGUGUAUCAUGAAGCUCUAAACGAACCUCCUUAAUCAUUCAUCAUAUCAAGAAAGUUUAACGACAUGAGUUCCAAGUUUUGUAACCUGUUUUUAUUUUGUCUUCGUUUUGAUAGAAUUUUUAGGAUCAGAAUUGCAUGUAAUAGAAAUUUUUGGCCCCUUUGAUCACUGAAAAGGUGGAUCAUCGACGUAAAUGAAUUUAUGCUUGUAAUACUGAUUGGCCCGUUUGGUAAAGGAAUGGGUGAUGGUAGUAAAUUUAUGAACUUGUAUUUUUAUUUUCUUGGUGGAAGAAUUUAGUUACGAUCUUAAUAGGGAAAAUCCCAUGUUAAUGUUCGUAAAUUUAGUCUCUAGUAUGUGCGUGGAAA